UCUGUACGUGUACUGGUAGUGUUAUGAAUAAUGCGAACUUGUAGGCGGACACUGGAUACUCAUUCAUGCGCAGUCGUGAACUGAACACAACUGAGUAAACAGUGGUUUAGUUAAAUUCAUGAAUGUAAAGUUAUCUGUGGAUUAAAAAAAAUACACUCAAAAUGGGUACAGAUUCGGAUAAAUAUGAUCAUAUUCAUGAAGUGGAAGAAUGCCUGGAACUAUCAGGUCGACAUCAAAGUUUUAUAAAAGAACAUAUAGACAUAGUUCGACAACAAUGUGCAGAGUUUAAAACGUGCGUGAAUGAACUGUAUUCUAAAGAAAACAUUCAUCUUAUUUUACAAGGUGAUAAUAUCGAACUUGAUCUCAUAUGUGGAUUUUUAUACCCAGAUGCCGAAACUAACCAGACCAAGUCCCAGUCUGGAUGUUCACAUAAAGGCCGACAAGCCAUAAAGGAUGACUUAGAUAAACAUAUAGAAGAAGCCAUGGAUGCUUUCGAGGAAUCUGAACAUGCAAAUAAUGAUGGUCAUGAACACAAAGAUGAUUGGAAAGAUACCAGAGAUUGUCUUAAUAAUCUUACCGCACACGACCAUCGUAUAGAAUCUCGCCACUUAGAACCUAUUUGUCGAAUUGUAAAUAACAAUAAUUCUAGACCAAUAUGUAGUCAUAAAGUAACUCACCAUUUAGAAGAUUUUGUGAAUCACCAAUUAGAUCAUCUAAGAUGUACCUGUGAAUCUUUGAAAAAACUUGUUCCAAAGUUUCCCAAAAAGUAUCGUUUAGCUGUUGGUGCCAGUGCUUUAGUAUUUCUUAUACUGGUUAUAAUUCUGAUAGUAUGUUUAUGUAAAAGACGACGCAGAAGACAGAAACGUAAAUCAACCCGACAACAGGAAACACUGUGGAAAGUAGACUAUCAUAUUUCUAAAGGCAGUAACCUUGAUGAUGACCCGUAUGCUGUUUGUCACGAUCCGAUUUAUAAAAAGGGAAGUCGUUCAACUAUUCCUGUCAAACCGCCCGCACUCCCACCUCGUUAUUCUUCCUAUCCCAACGACCCUAAAGAUAAAACGAUCGACUAUCUAUUACCCCCGGACCUUCCCGAUUGCCCUGGUGCACCAACAGUAAAUAUGAUACCCACCGAAUAUCGAGGUUUAACCAGCCCUGAUGGUGCCUCGGUUGAAGAUAUAACCAACAAAAAGGAAGAACCGCCGAGAAAAUAUGAUCCCUUGGGACCAAGGGAAGAGGAAAAUGCAUACAGUGUUGCUAGCGUCAUUUACAAUGAAGAUUCGGACAAUACGUGUCCAACAAAUACGUAUUUCAUUUUGGAGGCAGAGGGGGAAAAGAAGUGGGUAUCUUAAAUCUCAAAUAAGUUAGGCUGUAUCCUUUCGAAUAGAGUUAAACUAUGGUGAAAUCAUUAUAUAUCCAUGUUUAUUAUUGGAAUAAGACUUUAUCCACCAAAGACAUGCCAGUAUGUUGUUCAGUAGGUGUAUUCCUAAAAUCAUAUAAAAAAGAAAAUUUCAGAACAUAAGUUCAUAUUUUCUGUCUUGUCCGCAGGUUUAUCUUGUAAAUUUUUGUUUUGCGUGUAGUGCGGUCCUCCUGCACUUACUAUUAGAACAAUACUCGCAGUUCAUCUACAGUACAUGUAGAGUGUUAAAUAAAAUAUCAUAGUUCGCAAUUUUAAUUAUUUCAUUACUUAAAGAUACAUUAUGGGAGAUUAGAUAAAGGGCUGGCAGUUCUCGCUAUAAUAGUUAAAAACUAGAUAAUGUAGAGGGGAUUUGCUGAAAGUUUCAGUCAAAUUGAUCCAAUCGGAACCGAGAUUUUGGCGAUUGAAUUUUCGGCCUAGCCUCGAUCAUCAUUACUAAAGUCGAUACGAUAAAAAAAACAACUCUCGAUUAUCCAUUUCAUGAUUAAAUCAUGAAUGGAAGUCGAACAAUAAUCCAAUAAACAUCGCAGGCUAGCGAUGACAUCAUCGAGAGUUGAUUAUGGUCUGGACCAGUUAAUUAAUGUCUAAUUAAUAAUUUAGAUAACAUUUCAGGCCUAAAGAAAGUCCUGCAAUAGGCAGAUUUAGCUCUUGCAUAAUGUAUGUUUAAGAACAUUUGAAAUUAUCCCAGACAUUUUCCAUUUUUAUUAGAUUAUUGUCGUACUCCCGUGAUUUAAUUCGUUUAACGAAUUUUGUGAUCCAAAUUGGUUAUUAAGGAAUCCAUUUAUGCCUGUUAUUAUCCUUGGAAAGUGAAAUCCAAGUCGUUAGAAUUUUAAAAUGAGAUUAUUGUUGUGCAUAUUUUUUAAAAAAUCAUUUUUAAAGACAUAGUGAUCUUUAUAUAGUCUAUAAAAUGUAAUGUAUACUAAAGCAUAUAUGACUCUCUUGUAAUUCUAGUGUUCAGUGUCCUUGUCUUUAUUUGUCAAUUUUUGUUUUCGCUUGCAUAAUUGUUAAAGGAGUAACCAUUCCCAAUUGUAUAUUAACAUCGCAUUAUCUUUCUGCAUAAUCGAAUCUCUCUUGCACUUCUAUCUUUAUUCUCAUCUCGUAGUUGUAAUCAUGAUACUGGCGACCCCGUGAAAAGGUAGGUCUUUCGGCUGCUGCUGGUCUGGCUUUGUGUAACAGAGCAAACUGUUUCAAACUGAUGAUGCAUUAUAGCGGCCACGCAAAACACCAGGGGCCUGUUCUGUUUCACGAAAUUUUAACUAAGAUAAAAUCCAAAUUUUAGUAAUUUGAUUGGAUAAUAGAUUGAUUUUAGUGCUUAGCCAAUCAAAAUUGAAGUAUCUACUAAGAUUUGGAUUUUAUCUUAAGUUAAGAGUUCGAGAAACAGGGCCAAGGUAUAGUUCCGCAUAGAUUAAACUAAUACGAUUUAGAUAGACUAUCAAAGAUUAUAUACGCAACCAUAGGUCACACCAAUGUUCGAAUGACUUCAUUGUGUUUCGACCUAGGAUAAAUCACUAAACACUCUACGAGAGUGAAAUAUUUCGUGUGAAAUGUCCUUUAUAUUCUUCAGAAUAGCUGGAUAUAAGUUGCAUAUCGACCAUGUGUUGAAGGAAAACGAAACGCGUGGUAAUCUAAUUUUAUAGAUAUAUCGAAUUUUCGGGAUUGGGGGUCAGACAAAUGAUACAAAUAGAAAAAUAUCGAUUUUGGUUCACGUUUUUUGAACAUCGGCAAAUUUUAUAUUUAGCCAGGUGAUACAACACAAUAAUUAUGUAUAUGUUUGAGGUUUUCAUUACAAUAUUUUUACCGCGUGUUUUCUAGUGUUAUUAAAUUAUCUUAUGUGCCAUUUUUCUUUUUAGAUAGAUUGUGAUAGAUGUAUUUUGUAUAGUAUUAAAAUAGGCUAAUUUGCUCAGAUGGGGUUAAGUUUUUGGCAUGGUUGUAUAGGCUGGACAUCAUAAGCAAAUCAAAAAUAACCCACGCGAGUCAUGACAACUUUACAGUGAAACGUAGGCACAAGUACAAAUCAAAAGUCAGUAACGCGUGUGUCCGCCUCUAGCAACCUCUGUAUGGUGUCUUGUGGGAUCCUCCGAUCUCUGUGGAAUGCAGCUUCCCGUGGUUCUGGUACACCGUGCCUCCUUGAAGUAGCGCAAUGGCGCGAUCUCUCGGUGUUCAUAUGUCAACCUUGGCAUAGUGUUCGUCUUCCACAGUAGGAGUUGUACUGACCCUGUAAGAAGUUGGUUUAUUUAACGUCCACUUCCACCGAGUUGAUAUCGCAGAGAACGAUCCAAGCUUUUUAAAAGACACGUUUUGCACCAUAAAAUCGUGAUUUUUAACAUUCCCAUUCUGUCGAAUUGAAUUUGUCGUCUUUGAGAGAAUGGGUAUCGUGUGCGCUUACCUGAAAACAUUAUUUUCAAGUCGUGAUCUGGUGUUUUUAUACGCCCACAUUUUCAUGUGGACGUAUAUUGUCGUUGCCCCUGUCCGUCCGUCCGUCCGUCCGGACGUCCGUCCACAAUUGUUUGUAAACAGUCUACAGGUCACAAUUUUUAUCCGAUUUCAAUGAAACUUGAACUAUAGGUUUAUCACCCUAAGAUCUCGUUUCCUUUCGAUAUUGGCAUGUAUCGGGCUGUAACUUCAUGGAUUAUGGCCCCUGAUUGUACGAAAAGUCACGUUUUUAGCUUGUAAACACUGUAGAGGUCACAAUUUUUAUCCGAUUCAGUUUAAACUUGAAGUGUAUGAUUAUAACCCAAAGAUCUCGGUUCCUUUCGAUAUUCGCGCAUAUCGGACCGUAACUUCCUGAAUUAUGGCCCCUGAUUGUGGACCCUAUAGAGGUCAUAAUUUUUAUCCGAUUUAAAAAACCGUCUUAUUAUAUCACCGUUACACCCUAAGGACGACUGAGUUCGAAUUUCGUGAAAAUCGGCCCAAAAUUGACAGACAAAAUGGCCGCCGUUCGUUCUCAACUAGCGUAAAAAUAUGGUAUAUCAAGGUUGCGGACCCUAUAGAGGUCACAAUUUUUAUCCGAUUUUGUUAAAACUUGAAUUGGAAGUUUAUAACCCAAAGAUCUCGGUUCCUUUCGAUAUUCGCGCAUAUCGGAUCGUAACUUCCUGAAUUAUGGCCCCUGAUUGUACGAAAAAUCACUUUCUUUUUAGCUUGUUCUCUAUCCAUCUCUCGAAAAUGUGGGCGUAUCCUGCCUGGCAGCCGCUGGUUACAUUCAGAAUUGCUAACGAAUUUACAUUUAUCCAUAUUGAUCAAAGUGGUCUCUUUUCAUGGCGUUUAAGUAUGUUAUCGCGAUGCUUUUUUUUAAUCAAAUAUACCAAAAUAUUUGAAUUGUUUAAACUUGCUAUAUUUGGAUAUUAAACAUACAUUAUGCAAGAGCUAAAUCUUCCUAUUGAAUGUCUUUGUUUAGGCCUGAAAUGUUUUCUAAAUCAUUAAUUAGACAUUAAUUAACUUAUCAUAAUCAACUCUCGAUGGCAUCGGAUUUCUCCGACAUUAAAUAGAUAAGAACAGUUCAGCCAUAUUUUGAUUUAAGCUAAGAAUGGAGGAGCGAGACUUAGCUUCUAACGACCAGGGUGGUGGUUGAAAUUAUUGCACACGUCUUGUCAAACCUUCAAAGGCUAAUAUCUUCGUUCGCAAUAGAGUAAUUUGAAUGAAAUUUUCACAUUACUCAUGUUACAUUAUCUAUUUUCGAACUAUUAUAGCAAGAAUGGCUAGCUCUUUAUCUAAAUCUAACAUAAUGUAUCUUUAAUUGUUUUUGUAUUAAUUGUAAUAUUUUCUUAAUAAAUUGUUUUGUUAUA